AUGGCGUCGUAUUGUAGAUUGUGGUUAGUAAAGAUCCAGUUUCAGAGAAAUCGAUGCUGUUUGAAGGUACUUAAGCAGAUAUGCUCAGUUAAUUUCCAGUCGUGCAGAUCUGUUUUUGGUGGCCCGCUAAUGCUACAGUCGCGCAACAUCGGUAGCUCGUCCCAACGACCGUAUAACUUCAUCAAUGCGGCGGUAGUUGGCAACUUGCUGAAUUUUGUACGAUCGAAAGAAAGCAAAGCGGAUGCCGUAGCUUACAAGUUGGAGGAUACGUUAACAUCGUGGUUCAAGGUGACUUUGCUGCAUGUGUGGCUCAUCCUUUUCCGCUUCAGCGAGGAGAAGUUUCUCCCAACAGUCAGAAACGAAGUCGUACAAUGUCUCUGGGACGACGUAAACGUUAGGUUUGAUGCACUGCUGAAAAAGCGUCUCGUCCAACCGUCGCAGCGGAAGGAGGUGUUGGAACUCUACUACAGUUUGCUCAUCACUAGUUUCUGCGAGUAUGACGAGGUAAUUAUUACAUUGCUUUAUGGUAAUUUAACGCCUAGCCAGUUUUAUUUGUCUUUACCUUUUAAUCUAGUAUUUCAUUGCCCAUGUCGCCAAGUCAAGUUUAUUGCCAUGGCGUAUAGUAGAAUAAUACUGCUUUUCAGCGAUUUGAGGCAAGCAAAUAGCAGUAACGCAUAUGUUAAAAGCGUGCAACACCUCUAAAU